GGUUUUAAUACCCAAAUUCAGCCUCUGUUUAUCCUCCCACCUCAAAUGACAACACUUCUAGCUGGAGUUGCUGACCCAACAGCUAGACCAAAUGACAUUAGCAAUGUCUUUUCAUUAGAACCCUUGGGAUGUAAUAAUCCGAAUGAUAUUAACAAUGUAUUUUUUUCAAUUCAGCAACUCUAUAAGCUACAAAUAAAAGGAUAUUGGGAAGUCACCAGUCUACGCCAUUAUCUAGACCAGAAAUUGGUACCAAGAGGCUUAAGACCGGAGAUUUCCACACCCGAUAAAGUUAAUACUGAGGAUAAACUAAAAGAGUGGAAUGAUAUUCUUAUAAACUGCUCAUAUAAACUUAUGCAGUUUCUUGUUAAACUUGAGGAGGAGAAUUUUGAAAAAGUAAAUAAAGAUUUACAAAAUGAGGUUAUCAAAGUUAAAGAAUUCCAGUCUAAUUCAGAGUACACACUAAUGGAAAACAAAUUACAAAACAAUAUAGACAACUUUACAACACAUAUUAAAGAAAAGAAACAUUACAAAUUUCAACGAGAUUACAAAGAUUUUAAGGAAGGCACAAUAUUUAGGCAAACUAAGAGAUCAAACAUACGAGCUAAUAGAAAAAAUAGUUACUCUUCAGGCAAUACAGAAUGGACGGACUCAGAUUCUGGUCCAACACAAGGCAAGAAUCCAUCCUCUGGCUUGAAAACCCCCCAUUCUACAAGAAGGGGGAUAUUAAAAGAUCCAAACAAAACUGUAGCUUUCUUAGACACCCCUCCCCCAUCUACUACAGUAUCCUCGUCGGGCUCUACUUCUUUUUUAGACCAAGCCUGGCCCCUACCACAGAGGGGAAGGUUACGAGACCGGCAGAGAUGGGGUACAAACCCAACCGCAGCAACCCCAGGAAUUAGAUCAGUUGGAUAUUUCCAACAUGAAAAUGAUCAAUCUUUCAAAUUUCAAACUCCUUCCCGAUCACAUUACACUAUUGAAUAAAGGAUUAUCAUUCGUACCCACCCCGAGCGCAGACAAGUUUGAAUGGCUGAAGGAUAUUAACCUAUUUGGCCGUAAACUAGCCUUAUGCUCACUACAUAAAAAGAAAAAUAAUAAAGAAGCGAAGGAAUUAGGUCUUACCAAUGAAGAUUUUAUACAUUUUCAAACUCUGGUACAACUUCUUACUGAACAAGAAACUGCACCUCCACUUACCAGCUUUAAACCACUAAGUUGGUUUACCCCCAAUUUCAGAGACGAUAUUAACGUGGACCUGUUUGUAAAAAUGACUACCGAGACAAUCGAAUCCUUACCCACACCUAUAAUUCAACAAAAUAAUCUUUCAUUUGGUGAACAAAAAGCCUUCAAAGACCUAAGCAACAAUAAAAAUAUUGUCAUAAAACCAUCAGAUAAGGGUGGCAACAUUGUCAUAAUGGAAAGGGAGACAUAUGUGGAUAUGUGUCUCAUACAUUUAAAUAAUUCCUCUUGCUACAGGAAACUGGGGGAGGACCCCACUUCAUCCUAUUUCAAAUCUCUUCGAACCUUAUUAGAUGGUGCCACGACAAAAG